AGAUGGAUAAACUGACCAUCAUCUCAGGAUGUCUCUUUCUGGCCGCCGAUAUCUUCGCCAUCGCCAGCAUCGCCAACCCGGACUGGAUCAACACCGGGGAGUCGGCGGGAGCACUCACUGUGGGCCUUGUGCGACAGUGUCAAACAAUCCACGGACGAGACCGGACGUGCAUUCCACCUCGGCUUCCCCCAGAGUGGGUCACCACACUGUUUUUUAUCAUCAUGGGAAUCAUUUCAUUGACUGUCACAUGUGGUUUGCUGGUGGCUUCCCACUGGCGAAGAGAAGCUACAAAAUAUGCUCGAUGGAUAGCAUUCACUGGAAUGAUCCUUUUCUGUAUGGCUGCCCUAAUAUUUCCAAUAGGAUUUUACAUCAAUGAAGUCGGAGGUCAACCUUAUAAAUUACCCAACAACACAGUAGUUGGGUCAUCAUAUGUACUUUUUGUCUUAUCAAUUUUCUUUACAAUAGUAGGACUUCUAUUUGCUGGCAAAGUUUGUUUACCAGGCUGAUGAAUGUCUAAAUUGCUUGACUCUUUUAUUAUUUUUUAUUUUAUUUUAUUUUUUUUAUGUUUGGAGAGUGGGGAGGACAAAAGCAAGGCAUCUGAGUAGCCCUCUCGUAGGAAGAUGCUUAGAUGAAACUGAUGCUGAAAAGGAAAAAAAUGCUUUGUUUUGUUCUCACUAUGCACUUUGGAUUUAAAAACAAAAAAUGAGAGCCUUUUCCAUAACCAAAUACAGACAGUAUUGACUAAAUCUCCUGAGCAUAUUCAGGCAGUUAGGUCUGCACUGUGAUAGCAGCCUAGUGAAGGAGAAUGCUUUAUACUGAAAGCAUGUGGCCCUUUGUGAUUCUGUUGUUCCGUUUUUAAUGUCUAUGAUUGAUUUGAGGAAAAAAAAAGUCUAAUUAUUUAUGAAUCAUGGUGGACCAGAGGGAUGCAAGAGAAGUUCAUGUGGGGCUGGCCUCACCUCCUAAGAAAUUAGUGUUCACAGCUUCCUUGUAAUGGUAUGAGCCUUUGGCACCAGAAUGGAUUGCCAUUGCAUUACUGCACCAAGAAGCCAAGAGAUCAAAACUUGUUUGCUAAAAUGUAUGUAAAAAUUCUGAAAUUCCCUAUUCUCUGUGUACAAAAAAAAAAUUCAAACACUAAGAAACAUGUUGUGGGUGGGUGGGGGAAAUGUUCCUUAUAUUUAUAUAAAUAUAUAUAUAAUAUAUAUAUUUUGCUGAUGCAGUAUACAGUGUGUAUAUAGUGUGUGUGUGUAUGUGUGUGUAAAUUUAUGUACACACACAUGCAAACAGUUCCUGGAAGAGAACUCUGAAUGCUUUGCUAGCAAAACACUGUGGUGUGCAAACCUAGAACUCAAUAGAAAAAAAGCCAUUUAUCUGAAGGCUGCAUAGUGGAGAGAGUCUUCAGUUUACCUCAUUCUUUGUAGCAGCCCUUGAUUUUAACAGGUUUUUGUAAUAGGUACAAAUAAUCCCAUACCUUUCUAGGUGCAAUUUUAAGUUAAGCUAAAAUUCUUUGUAGGGUUAAUUUAUUUGUAUGUGAUAGUGGAAGGUAAGAUCAUGUCAAACCUUAUAAUUUGGGGAAUCUGACACUAUUUAAAUUAUUGGCAACUGUUGUCUGUUGUACAGAGGUUCUGUUUUUCUACUGGCUUGGUCUGUUACAUUAAUAACGCAUUUUAUAUGUUCAAGCACACAACUUUACAUAAAUACAGAGUUCACUAGUAAUAUCAAUUUACAAUAGUUUGGCUAUUUUCAACACUAACUUCACUCUGCUAUAAAAAUUAAAUAUAUGUUCUUUUCAUCUGCAAGCAUUAUUAAUACAUCUCCUUUACCAAAAACCUGAGCAAUACAAUAUUUUCUUUAUAUGCUAUAUGCUUUAGUGUGCUAAAAGCUAACAUUUUUGCAUUUACUUUAAGGGGCUGUACUAAAACCACAGCUUUACAUUUUUUCCUAAAAGAAGCAUUGCAGCUAACCCUUGAACCCACAGAUAGUUUUAAAAUACAGUAUUUCUCUUCUCCACGUUUCCAUGCCUUCAUGUCAAUGCUUAGUUGUUUCUCCAGGUGAACAAUACAGAUAAUCUCCUGUUUGAAAUGUGGGGCAGGAGGGUCUUUCAUGGCAGUGGAACUAAGUUUUUCUUCUUUAUAGUAAAAUGGCAACCCAAAUGUCCCUAUCAAGUAGAGUUCGAGUCCCAUGUAGUCCAUGCUUCACACAGAAAUGAAUGCACUGUUUUUAAAAAGCUAGGUUAUAAGUUAUAGAAUGAUUACUUUGGAGAUGGGGCUGCCUCCUCAGAUAUUCAAAGUAUGAAAUGGAGGCGCCUGAUGUGUUGCACACUGGCUUGUUUGACAUUCAUAUAUUUUACUGUUAAUUCAGCAGUAUUUUAUUGUGAGAGAAAACCCCAGUGUUUCAGCUCACUCAGGAGUCGAGGUAAGAGGUGGACCACCACUGUGGUGCAUUCCUUGAGUGUGCUGGGGGAAUGUCACACUUUUCCUUCCCAGGGUCAAAGAAACCUUUGGGGAAUGCCUGAGGAAGCUAUUUUUCCCCAACUAUUAUGAUGUCUAGUCAAUUCUAAGAAUACCACUGGGCGUGUUCUAUGGACGUUUGGGAUUGCAGUUCCCAUUGUGAUUUGAUGGGUCCUCAGUCAGGUUGAUCACUUUGAAGAAAAGCUUUGGUUGUCGCCAUUAUACCACUGAAAUAAAGUGUUAGCAAAGUAUGGUUCAAAUUAAUUUAUGAUAUGACCAAGAGCUUUUCUCUUCCAAAAGAUGAAUUUUAUUGUAAAUAGUUUCUCAAAAUAUUUUUAACUGGAUCAUAAGCAUGGGGAGAGAACGUUUCUCAGCUGCUAAGAAUUUCCCCACUGUUUACUUCUUUCACUUACAGUGGUAUUGCAUAUAAGAUUACAAAAUUUAAGGUUUUAUUUGUAUCUAUUACCCAAACCAUUAAAUUGUCUUUAAUUUCAUCAUUGUCUCGGAGGUCCAGUGCAUAAAGGGCUGAUAGGGGAAAACUCCCUCUAACCAGUCGGCACUCUAACCCAGGAUUAAAACCGUCCCAUCAAGUAGUAUGUGAAGUCAAAUCUUUGUACUCUUCCAGACCAAACAUUCAAAUGGACUUAUUCAUAUAAAAUUCUAUAAAUCCUGUAAGUGAAAAGAUAGACAACUGUCAGCAGUUGCUUUUAAAAGGUCACUAUAAUAAGUACUAUAUAGUACAGUAUUAAUUUAUAGCAGGAAAUCAUAUCUUGUAAACUGUAUAUAAAACACUGUUUUAUGGUGCAAUCAUUUGUCAAACUUUUGUCUGUUACAUUGUUUUUAGAGUGUGUGCAUUCUUCUCAUACCUAAGAACAUCACUGUAAAAUCUGCUGAAAACUAUUUAUAGGUUUUAUUUGCACAAGACUUAAUUAGUUUGAAAUUUUUGGAAGCUCCUAUUGAACAUGCCUAAACAUCUGUAAACAUGAAAAAUCUUUAAUUCAUUAAAGCAAACAUUUCAGUAUGAUUCUUUCCAAAGGUAAUCCAUGUUCUAUGUUGUUAAUGUGUGUAUGUAAUUUUUCUGACUCUUCUACUUCUUAUAAACCUAUUUUCUGUUCCAUUUGUUUUGUUUUGAAGGAUGGUUUUUUUUUUUUUUUCUUUUUGAUGUUCUAGAUGACCAAAACACUUCAUUGGUUUUUACCCUUUUGCCUAAAGCUUUGAUAUCCCCACUUGAUGUUCUGUGAAGUCACUGUUUAAUCUCUUAAGUAAAAUAAUAAAUAGUCCUGGUGACAUACAAUCUAUUGAUUUAGAGGAAAGGCCCUGAAAAAGUAUUGGAAACUAACUUUGGAUAUACUCUUAGCUAUUAUUUUGCAUCGUGGGCUUCAUGGGAAGAACAUGUUGCAUUUAUUUUGUCUUUAUUAAAAGACUAAUAACCACAAGUUACUCUGAGAUUGUAGUAACUGUUUUAUCAACCCACUUUGGUCUUCUUUUAAAAAUUUACAUUCACAAUUCAAAACAGUAAGCUGUCUUUCAGAACUAUUCUUGAAGGAUGAAAAUAUAUGAAGGAAAAAAGUGGCCUGUGUAGGUUGGAUUCCCUACACAGGACUUCUUAGUUGUAUCACCUCAAGAGAUUUUAAAGUUUGUGAUCAAGGUCUGUAUAUUACCCCAAACUUUAUUAAGAAUUGUUUUCUAAUUGGUUAUAACAUUUUUCAAUUAAUAGUUUCAAAACAAAUUGUUAAUACAAACUGUAUAAAAUGAACAUAAUUUUCUUCACUUGUAUUUUUGUUAUUGAGCAAGUUUAUCAAAAUAAAUUGUCUACUAAAGAAACU